UUUGCCCACAGCCUUGUCCAUCAACAUUUAACACUUACUUCUCCAUCCUGCAAUACUUUGACUCUGCUGAGAUGAAUGAUGUUGCCAGCCCACCUGCUCCUCCCUCAUCACCUUAUUCUCUUAUGAUAAACACUCUAAAAAGGUCACUGACUUUUAAGAUAAUUAAUGAUGCCUGGCCACACACUCACACACAAUGGAGGUUCCCCUGCUUUAAUUUUCCUAUUAUAUGUGCCGACUUGCUUUCUGUCUCCUGUUGACAGGUCUACAUGGCCUGUAAGCACGUACACCACCCCUUUCAUUCACCUCUAUUCAGCUUCCGUCUCUACACCUGUGAGUCUAAGGGGAGCAGAUUGACAGAUCAGACAGCAAACAGGUUUUCUCAAACUACACAGCUCAAUGUGUAAGGGGAUCUCCUCCCUGCCCUCCUCAUGCCUGGAGAAGGCAAAAGAGAUGCGGGCGAUGUUAAGCCAUCUGGCUGAGACGCACCACAAACACAAGGUUCUGGAUGGAAAAGCUCUCCAGGACCUGGAAACUCUGCUAAACAACAAAAGCGGUCUGCAGGCGUUUCGUGGGUUCCUGCUUUCAGAGUUCAGUGAAGAAAACCUCGAGUUCUGGCUGGCCUGCGAGGACUACAGGCUGUCUCCUUCAAACCUGCAGAAGACCAAGUCCAGCAGCAUCUACGGCCAGUUUAUUAACCCUGACGCUCCACAGGAGGUAAACUUGGACGCUGAGACCCGGGAAGCUCUGUUGAGUGUGACGGACUCUCCAUGUGCCGACACAUUCAACAAGGCUCAACAGAGAAUCUACAAUUUGAUGGCGAAAGACUCCUUCCCGAGGUUUCUGCGCUCCCCUUACUGCAUGGAGGCCAUUAAAGCUUUUUAAACAUAUAGUUUAUUACCACAGACCCGCUUUAGAAAUAAGUGCUGAUGAAUCUGUACUGCUUGAUGUGUUGAUUGUAUUUUAACAACUAGUUUGUUCUAAGAUUGUUUUCUGUAUGGUAGUGCUGUCCUUGUGCGCUGUAUGUAUAAUGCAUGCUGUUAUCGUUAUGACGCCGAGUUGUAGACAUAGUUAAAAAGUCUCACAUAAAAACCUCAAUUAUGAAGCUUGCAUAAAGAUGCAACUACAUUGUACCUCUGGACUUCUGAGCUACAAGUGAAGUCCACAAAGGAUUUAAAUAAAUACCUCAUAAAGGACAACUCAUUAUGUGGCAUUUAAUGAACAUUAGUAUAUAUAUAUAUUUUUUAACAUACAUAUUGUAUAAGCUCUAUUUUUUUCAUUUAGAAGCUUGCCAAACUUGUUUUGGCACAGGCUGCUUGAAAGUGUAUGUUGAUCAUUAAAAACAAACAGUGUUCAGCCUUAUCACUGGCUAGUUUAGAUGAUGGUGUUUAUUCAAGACAACCUGGGGCAUUUUUUUUUACCAAAGUGGCUUCACCUUGACUUUUUAGUCCAAAGCAACGUAGUGGUAACGUGCGGUUUGCUCCCUGGUCACGCUGCUCUGGUUAUGUUCAGGUCUUUAAAUUCAAAAAUGCAAAGACCUGAACAUAACCAUUCACCACACAUACUGUACAUUAAAGGGCAACUCCAAUAAUUCCACACAUUAACGUUUUACAAAAAAAAAAAAUUGUUAAGCUGUUUGUGGCUCCAGUGGGAGCUGUGCAAAAUCUGAUAAAUUGCUUCAAAUUAUGUCACUCAAGUCAGUGUUGGUUGGGGCUAAAGACUACAAGUUUUAAAAUGAAA